CAAUUGUGGCUGCUUUGGAAUUGUCGAUUCUCGUCUCUGGUACCGUACGGCAUGCAUUGUUACGACACAAGUGGAUGCUGAUGGAACCGAGCAAUGCCCUAACCGCCUUUGGCAGGAACUAGACGCACCAUAGCACAACCUUCGCUUGCAGCUUCUUUCGUACACCAUGUUGCGAACCCGCGACAUUUUCGCUUUGAUCGCCACGCUCGUCCUCGUUCGACUGGCGUGGAACAAUGGGACCGAAAACCUUUCGGCGGGGGUCGAUCUGGCGUUCCUCCUUCCGCGCGAGGGAGUGAUGGCAMUAUCGCCCAUGGAUCUGGACGGAGAUGGAAGCAAAGAGGCGCUGGUAGUGGCCAAAGCCGUAGAAAGGAAAGAAAGCUUUCGGUUGGAGAUCCACGAUUUGAAACCCCUCCAUGGGUUUCGAAAGACCUACCUGGAACCCUUUCGACCGGAUGUUAUUUUCACAUCRGAGGAGAUCAACGACGACAAUGCGCACCCCAUUCACAUGACAACGGGGCAGCUUCUGAUCAAGAAACACGGGCAGUCGAAGAAGGACGGCGGAAAGCCCAGAAAAUUCAACCUCUCCCCUGAUCUACAGAUCAAUGACCAAAACCGGCAUUACUUCUGCGGGACCACCUGGGACGAUGCCUCCAACAAAUGCAAAACCCCGUGCCCGGGCGGACAGGCCAAUGAAUGUCCCAGYGACGAGCGKUGCUUUGCCGAUACUCCCUGCGACAUUCUGAACGACGACUUUGACAGUGACGAAAGCGAGAAGAAUUCGUUUGUGCUUACUCCKGGCGGAGGCAUGCCGUCGGUGGUCUCCCUAUGGAGCAAUGGUGCGUUGAUGUUKCAUAGCUUGACCAAUACCAAGAAGGAGGAGGAUUCGACAAAGAAGGUGAAAAAGAAGGCUCUAGCGCUGCGCGAGAUGUGGCGCUAUGGUAUAUUUCCCGCAGACAAAGUCAACGACAUGCAGGACAUUUUGUGGGAAGAAAUCAACGUCSUCCUUUUGGACGCUUACUCGAGCAUGGAAGCYGGUGCCAACCACGGAAUGGUCGUUGUCAGCGCAUCCUACUACAUGGACGGAAAUCCAGAAUCGCACCGCUCUACCAUGACGGUUGCCAUAGACGCCUUUAAAGGAACCGUCUUGUGGGAGUCGCACUCGGACAUUGCUCUCGAACAGGAAGAAAAGCCGCUGCCGCUGCCAUUGGCGACGCGGGGUCAAACAUCCUUUGCUCGGCGCAGAUCUUCCGUUGCUCGUUCGAUGCAAGGGCUUCAAACGUAUACCUCUUCUUCUGCCUUGCCAAACUGCAUGUCGUUGCUGAAAAAAGCGGUCAAAAACGAGGUAUUCCCCUAUUCGUAUUGGGGACCCGAGGAUGCCGGCGUGGCGGCGAUCCACCUCAACCGAAAGAAACACGCGAGAAACAAYGGAAACCAYCGCGCAUCSAAGCCCCACGAAGAUCACGGCAUCGCACAGCACCACCACCACCACCACAAGAAGAAGAAAAAGUGGCACCACAAGUUCCAUCCCCGAAAGAAAUCCAAUCACCACCAUCAUCACUAUGGACCCAUCCAGGGUAGGCCAAACGCACUGGUCACCCAGACACGCGGCGGGCUCCAGAUUCGRUCGCUGAAAAACGGGAAAGCCUUGUGUCACUUGGC